AUGCGGGACGAGUACGGGAGGCUGCUCCGGACUCUGGGGGCCGACGUCCGUGCCCGCCUCCCAAAGAGCAUGGAAAUUCUCACGCACCUCGUAUGGCAGGGGGGCGACGAAGGGGUUCAUGCGGCGGAACAUGACCAUCCCGCGGCGUUCAGCCCUGACUUGUACGCGAUAACCGCGGACAAGAAGAAGCGUCAGGCGCGACGCAAGCCAGCGCGCCGCAAGCCCACGCUGGAGCCGACCAUCGACGAGUGGCAGGACGUGGACAAGACUGGCUUGUGCUUCUCGAGCUCCCAGAGGGACCCGCCAGAUCUCGGUUUCGAGGCCGACGACCUGGUCGGAGAAGACAGGAGCAGCAGCAACAACAGCGACCGAGGUGAAGCGGCCGCGAAAGCGAAACGCAAGACUUCUUCCAAGCGCUCAAACCACGCCUCCUCCGUCUCCGCCUCCCGCAGCAAGGCGUCCGAACCACGGGACGACGACGACGGCGGCGGCGGCGGCGGCGGCCAUGGCGGCGGUGACUCCUCGCCCCCUCCUGCCGUAGAGGGACGGGAUGCUCCGUCUUUUGCCCGAGGCGGUGGCGGUGGCGGCGGCGGCAGCCGCAGUGCAGGGAGUCGUAGCGGGAAGGUUGGAGACGCCCCCCUGAGAUCUCGGUCUGCGUUGCCGCUGGCCUCUCCGAGGAAUAAAUACGGGAGGGGCCACUUCUCCCGGCGGUCUUCCGAACCCUCGGCGGCGGCGCCGUUCAAGGGGACGGCGGCCGUCCGCGUCGGUGGCGGUGGCGGUGGCGAAGAGGAGGUGGUCGAAGAAGAUGAUGGUGGUCAUGGUUGGUUUGGGGAGGACGGGGCGGACAGUGGUGGCGGCGACGCGGCCACGAAGGAGGUAGGGGUAGACCUGGAGUCGACGGUUUUAGCGGACCAAGACGGAGACGAGGAGAUGGAGACGGGCCUCAACGACACGGUCGUGGCAGACGAUGACGACGACGACGCCAGCAACACGGAUGCCGACAGCGAAACCGCUGCCCGUGCCAUGAUGGCGGAGACGCGCGCCGGUCGUCCGGCCGGCAGAUCCGGGCGGUGUGGUGCCGCCGUGAGCAGUAGCGGUGGUCAGUGCACCGCCGCCGCGGGCGGCGAUGACGAAAGCGGUGGCGAUCAACAACGGCCCCGGCCAUCGUCCUCCACAGCACCAUCACCGGAGGAAGAGAACGCAGGAGCAGGCGGUGCUGCGGGAGGGGACGCCUCGCCGGCAUCCCCGGGGUCGUCGGAGAAGUUCUCUUCCUGGAAGGUAGGCGGGAGAGGGCUGCUUGGGAGGGGCUCCGCGAAGAAGACCGGGAGGCUGCUGGUGGGGGGGCUCGGUUCCGCGGGGAGGGUGGGGGGGCCGGCCCGCGCCGCGGCGCAGGUGUUGGCGUCGGCUGGACUGGAUCUGGAAGGGGAGAGACGCGGAGGUGGGGGUAGGGCCAGAGGUUCGAGAGCAGGUGGAGGCGUUUCUUCCCCCGGGGACACCAGCGACGUCUUCGGGAUGUCGGAUGGCGACGAGACGGAGCGCACCAUGCUGGACUCAACGGAUUGCGACAGCAAGGCCGCCAACCGCGGGCUCGUGAGCCAAUCAGAGGCGGACGAUUCGGAGACCGAUGAUGGCUCCGCCGAAGCCGCUACGGGCGGGAGUUCCCGGAAGUUGUCGCGGCGUUCUUCUUCUAUCAGGGGAGCGCAAGCGGGAACCGGUGGCGGCGGCGGCGGCGGCAGGCGGCAAAGUCGAGUGUCGCCGGGGCCGAGCCCCCGUUUGGCUCCCAACGGCGUCGGGGGGAGCGGCAACGGAGGCAUCACGACCCCUUUGAGCGGGAUGUGGAGGCGAGGGCGCUCAGCGAAGAAUCCAAUGGGAGAGCCCGAGGGCGUGGUGCGCGGCAGCGGCGGAGCAGCGGGAGGAAGAGGGGCCACGACGCCGGCUUCCGGAUACGCAGCGGACCUGAGCGCGGGCACCACGAGGGUCUCCAAGGCUAGGCCCAGGACUGGGCCGGCCGCUGGAGGCGGCGGUGGCAGCGGCGGCGGCGGCGGCGGCGGCGGCGGUAGUGGUGACGACGGCAAGAGAAGCAGGGCAGGCAAGGGGGCAGGGGACCACCCGAAAGAGCCAGUAGAAGGGGGAGCGGAGGGCGAGGCGCAGGACGGUUGGAGCUGCGGGAAGUGCACCUUCUUGAACGAUCUUGCCGCCCGCAAGUGCGCCAUGUGUCGAAGCGCAGCCCCGAGAGCUCCCCGGAGACCUCCCAGGACUCGCGGGACCCGAAACGGCACCGAUCCCGCCGCACGUUCCGAGCGGGAGAUGUCGUCGCCCUCUCCUCGUGGUGGAGCGGGCAUCCCGCCUGCUGAAGGCGCCGGGGGCGCCGCGAAUUCGGGCGGACGGGGGGCGGGGGGCGAGAGGGGAUUGCCAUCGGCGGCGGCAGCGGCGGGGGACGUUAGCAGCCCCAACGGCACGUGGGAAGGGUACGAGAUGGGGCGUAGCACGGCUUCCUCAUCGGCGAAGAGCACCAGAGGGCCGCCGCCGCUGGCCGCGCCUGUUUCCAACCGAAAAUCGUGCCCAAAAGUGGGUACCGACAGCGCCGGCAUCGAUCGUGGCGUGCAGCCGUCACCAGCAAGCGGUGACAGUCACGGCAAGCAUCAACAAGGGCUUCUGCAGGGGAGCGGUGGCAUUGGCGGCGCAACGCCCCCCGGCGGCGAUGCGCCCCCCCAUCCCCCCGCUGCUGCGUCGCUAGCGGAACUGGCAUCCCCGGAUACCAGUCUCUUUCGACGGGCGGCGGCGGGAGCGGCGCCCGGUAGCGGCGUUGUCGACCGGGUGCGCGGCGUAGCAUCGUCCUCCUGUGGUGAGGCUAGCGGCAGCGAUGCGGGGGGCGACUGCGGCGGCGGGAGCUUGGCGACGGGAGAGAAGGUUGUCGGCGGCAGGAGGGGGGGGAGCGACGCCGGGGUGAAGGGCGGCCGAGCGGCUGCUGCUUCUGCCACCGCCAACACUACCCCAGGUGGAGGGCAACGAGCGGGUGUAGGGUCCUUACCCCGACCGUGCGACGAGGAGGAGGGGAGUGCCGCGCCAGCGAUUCGUCUUUUCGAGGCCGUGCCUUCCCCUUCAAUAUCGCUCCUCGGCCGCCCUCCGCCCGAUGCCGCCGUGGGGGGGGCGGGAGCGGAGACGGUUGCGGCGGGAACGGGUCCGGGUGUGGCUGGCGCUGUGGUGGACGGGGCCGGGCUGCGAGAUGCCGCACGCGGUGGCGAUGGCGGUGGCCAUGAUCUCGCAGCCGGCGGCGAGCGGGACGGGGAUGAGGAGGCUAGAGAAGGGGAGACGGGUGGGGUGGAGGUUGCGGCGCAGGUGGGGGUACGCCCCCGGGGGAAGGACGCGGACACUCCAGAAGAGUCGGACGCGGAAACUGUGCAGAGGAGUUGUCACGACGGAAGCCCCCCCAAAGAAGGCGGGUCCCCGGCUGAUGACCCUGGGACGGAAGCUCCCCCCGAUGGACAAACCCUGCUGGAGCGUGCUGCGGAGGAGGAGGAGGAAGAAGAGGACGCGUACGCAGGUGGCGCGGCGUCUACGGCCGCGGCGGCUGUCGUUGACGCCGCCCAAGGCUCGAAGGCGGGCGAACGUUCUGCUUCGGUUGCCGAUGUCAGGGUCGGGACUGCGGCGGUUGAGAUGGGUCCCCUCGGAAAUGAGGGAACUGGCCGGAGCGGCGUCGGCGAGAGGAGGGGCUCCGCCAGGCUCCGGAACGGGGGGGUGGGAGUGAGGCGUCGGGAGCAGAGAGGGAAGAAGUAUGAAGGGGUCGCUCGUUCUUCUUCCCCGCUGCCGGGGGAGGGGCAAGAGGAGCAGGGCGGUGGUGGGUCCGGGAAGGCGGUGGGCGCUGCCGGCGUCGACCGGGCAGGGCAAGGGGACGAGGGAGACGCCAUCCGGGAAGACGCCUCGGCCGCGCCAGUCGCAUCACGAUCGGCGGCGGAGGAGAAGGCGUCGGCUGCGGCGGCGGAUCCCGUUUCUGUGGAGGACGCGGCCCCAACAGGGCGAGGAGGGAGCAAGCGGAGAGCCAGCACUCGCGGCGGGGUUGCCGCAUCCGUUGCCGCCGCAUCAUCGGCGGUGUCGGGAGGGCGAGGACGAAGCAAGCGGCGGGCUAGCACUCGUGGAGCUGCCGCUGCCAGUGCCCUUGCGGGGGGAGGGACUUCUUCGAAUGCUGCGGCGAGAGUGGCUGCUGCUGUGAGCGCGGGGAAGGCUGGCCCAGCGGUGUCCUCGCAGUCUCUGGAUGACAUCACGGAGGCCGUGGUUGCCAUGUCCGCGUUGGUCGGCGAAGAUAGGACUGUCGGACAGCCGGGGGUCUCGCGGGAGAACGUCGACUUGGUAGAAAACCACGGUACGACGGCGGCGGCGAUGAUAUUGAUGGUCGGCUCUUCUUCUUCCGCACGCGGGGGGGCGCGGCGGCAGCAACGGCAGCAGCAGCGUAAGGUCACCGACGGGAAGGGGAGCUCGACCGAUGUGGCAUACGAGGCCGGGGAGGUGGUGUCCGAGGAAGCGAGCAGCGGUGACAAGUCCAAGGCCGGCCUCGUUGGCACGAAGCGGGGCUUGUCGAGGGACGAGAACGGUGGCGAGGAGACCGGCAGGAAGCACGGCCGGCGCGGCAAGGGAGGUGGGCGAAGAAGCACCUCGAAGACCCGCGGCGCCACCACAAAGAAGCGCAAGCAGUCUACCUCUUCCGCUGAAGAAGCGGGAGACAAGGACGCCGCGGUCGGAGGUGCCGCGACCCCCGUCCCUGCCACUACUACUACUGCUGCUGAUGCUGCUGAUGCUGCCGCUGCUGGUGCUGGUGCUGCCGCUGCUGCUGCUCUUGUUGCCCCUGAGGGAAAGAGUGCUGCUGCUGCCGCCGCCACCACCGAUGACGUUGUUGAGUCUGACGACGACGAUGUCGGCGCUGUCGACGAUGACGACGACGGAUUUGUUGCGUUUGGCGACGACGACGCCGACGAAAUGGCCUUAUGCGACAACGACCCCGACCCCGUCCAUGAAGGUGAAGGCGACAACAACGACCGAGUCGCCCCCGCGAAUGGCUCUAAGUCCUACGCUGCCGCUGGAAAUUCCGCGAUCAGCAACGGCGAAGGCAACAGCAGCCGCCGCCGUGGCAAGGGCAGGGCCAGCGACAAGCCGCCGGCGCCGGUAGUGGCCGCGCCCAAGGCAGAAAAACGCCUCAAGCGCAGCUGCGGCGGCGGUGCAAGCUCCGAUGCCGAGGGCGGGAGGGGGCCCCUCAAAGGUAGAAGGGCCCCCAAGGGAGCGGGGUCCCGGCCUGCCGAGGUCGUCAGCCCCGGUCCGGGGGGGACGUCAGCUGAGAACAAGAAGGGCACGGGAAGGGUGCGAAACGCCAAACGCGCGGUUGCGAACGCCGCCGGUAGCGACGGUAGAGGUGGUACCGCUGCGGAGGGGGGGGCGGCGAAGGGGAAGGCGAGAGCGGCAGGAGGAGGAGGGGCGAAGAGGAAGAGGACCGACGGCGGUGGAGCUGGGGGUGCAACCGCAGGAGGCGCGGGGCAAGGGGAGAGGAACGACAAGCUGCAGGGGGUGGUCCGAGUUGCGUUUUCCGGCAUGCAGCCUGGGGAUCGACAGGCGGCAGCCAGCGUGGUUCGGUCCCUUUCCAGGACCCACCGGCCUCACGGCUCCGGGGUUUGCACGUCUGACGCGGAGGCCUACACUCACCUCGUCAUCCCGGACGUGUCGCGCAGAACGCUCAAGGUGCUGUUCGCGCUCUGUGCGCCGCUGUCGCCGAAUGGCCGCCCCCCGGUGGUGGUUACCGUGGCCUGGCUGUACGAGUCGCUGGAAAAGGGUUUCUUCGUGGACUCGGAGGCGUUUCGACCCGACAGAUACCGGGGCCUCGCCCUUGAAGGGGGUUCCGUAGAGGGUCCUGAGGAGGGGGUGUCCGCCACCGCGGCGGGGGCGACGAAGGAGAGCAGGUCCAUCUCGUCGAACCUGCUCCAAGGAGAGAGGGUGAUGCUCGGGGGAAUCGUAGACCCGCCUCCUUCUGUGGUGGAAAACCUGGCUGUGGCCACGGGCGGCCUGAUCACUCACUGUAUCCACGACGCCACGCUGCUCUUGGCGGAGACCGAGAUCGCUCUGGAGGCGUGGGUGGAACAACAGAAGAAGAAACCGGGGGCUAGCGGCGGAGGCGGAGGCGGCGGAGGCAGUCGUGGGGUCGCCAAGAUCAGCGCUGGGCCUGGCGGCAACAGCAUCGGCACCAGUCGUCGCGGGCUAGGCGCAAGCACGGCAUCUUCCCGCAACGCAUCAAGGGGGGCGGCGGGAGGCAGGCGCGGCGUCCUAGGGAAGGGGAAGGGCCGCGCCGCGGCCGGUCCCGGCGGGUGGGGGGAGGAGGAGGAGAGCGCGCUCAAGGUGCUGGCGGAGAAGUUGGGAGUGGUCCGCCUUCCGUGGCUGUUCGAUAGCGUCGAGAAGGGGGUUCGUGUAGACAAGGAGAACUUCCUGGUCAUGGCGGAGCGGGCCCCGCAAAAUGGGGCGGAGGGGGAUGCGGCGGCAAGCCAGGAGUGGUGAAAUACGGACACGUGCCGGUUGCAGAAGCCGGCCGUCUGCUUUCCCGCUCACCACACCCGCAGCUACGUUCGUCAUCAUCAUAUCGUGUAUUUUUUCUCCACUACGCGGCACACGAUUGGCUGCUGGUUAGCAGCGGAGGCCACUGCCCCCUCAGAAUGCUCGAACUUUGGGCUCGGAGAUGGGGGGGACGGCCCCGUGCCUACAUUUGACGAGACUCGCCUUUGAUUUACUGCCGCAGUGCAGAGUUUGUGGUUCCUGUUCAGGGCCGGUCUGCUAAUGUUGCCAUUUUUCCUUGCUUCGUCGUUGUGGGAAAGAGCGUCUUUGUCCCACUAGGAUUAUUUAUUGGUUUAUCCGUCAAGGUUAGGGGGACGAUUUGGUAGCCUUUGGUGCGAACUGUGACGCUUGCUGUGGAGACAGCAAGAAGGCGUGCCGGAGGUUCUCGUGUGAAAAUGUCAGGGAUAUGGUGGGUUGGGCUUUUUGGCUGCGGAUAUGGCACGGGUGAUUUACUCCAGCUAUCGUGCACCGUUCUGUUGCUGGGCGAUUUGUUUUCACGUCACCUCCGUGACAAAAAGAUGGGGCACACAUGGUACUCAUUGUUCUGCACCCCUCGAUGUUGUUGUGUUCACCUUCUUUUUUGAAACGUCGUGGUCGUGGUACUUGAAUAAUUAGGAUGAUUCGUUCAUUGCCCACACCCCGUUGUGGACAACAUCGGAUCGGUACGUACAUGCACAAUGGCUGUCACUCGUUUUUUUGUCGAAUCAUGCGCCAUCCAUCCAUGUCAUGACAGACAGCGCACAUUCCCGUGUUGUCGACAUUUCAAAAGGGUGAGAGUUAGGCUUAGCGUUGGUGGCGCCUUCAAUAUUUUGCUCCAGACAUGUUCUACACGUUGACAUGUUGAUGUACGUAGCCCGCGAGAAUGGGGCGGGUCCUUGGUGAAUACGAGAUGUGGAAUUAC